GUUAUUAGAGUAUUUAAAGAGAUGAGGCUCAACGAGAAGAGACGGAGGCAGGGGUAAAGACAAGGUAAAUUCUUUGCGUGAACCAGAGAAAAAGAGACAACUUCGACAAAGUGUCAACAAAUAGGCCUUUUCAGGGCCUAGUAGGGAUCUAUGAAUCGUGCGUUGUUAAUAUCACUGUGAGUUAUGCUUACUGCCUAAAUGGAAAUAACAUUUUGCAUAAUAGCGUCCAUUACAUUAAGUUUUGUUGAAAAACAAAUUCCGUUGUGCUUAUAGUACCACACUUUGCAGACUCCGUAGCAAGAACUGUUGGAAUUAUUACACUAUUGUCACCUUGUAGAUGAGGCAACACCAUAAUUGCUUGGAUUUUGUAAUUUGCUGUUUUCACUGGUAGCAUUCAUUUUAGCUCACUGAGAGGACGUGGGUAACUUACGUGUAACGUCUAAAUGAUCGUCACAGCAACUUGAAGAGCCUCUGUUCAGUACAGGUACAGUGAGUUUGACGUAGAGGAAACGCCCCCUAUGACACUGAUUAGUGCUAUGACAUCCUAGUCUCAGCUGGGUUGUGUUUCAAGCAUACUAGGUUAGUUUGUUACAGUUAUAUAGUUUGAUCACAUGCAUAGGUUAUAGUGCCUUGUAAAAUAAUAGUAAUAAUAAAAAACACGUACUCUAAAUAUAAUUGCUGUUGAUCUUCCAAAAUUUGAAAAUGUCUUCAACAGCUACGAAAUAUCUUGUGAAAUCUAAAAGUGGUCUGCGUAUUGUAUGCGGAGAAGAAUCCAGGAGAAGCCCUUUUGAAUUAUCGGAACCUCCGUGGAUGCCUGAUGAAGAGAAACAAGCUUGUAUUAAAUGUAAAAUCAAGUUUGAUUUUCUAACUCGACGGCAUCAUUGUCGCAGAUGUGGUAAAAUCUUUUGUGGUAAUUGUUGUGGGAAAAAACUGGCUCUUCAGCGGAUGUGCUUUGUUGAUCCAGUACGUUUAUGUGCCUUAUGUGCUGAAGUGACCCUGAAAGAAAAUGAAUUUUAUGAGAAACAUUUAAAAACUCUUCAGAAUGGUGCCAACUUUCAUGUCAAAUCAGUGGAAAGUAUCUUACCAUCACAGCCUGUUUUGCAUCUUUGUAAACUUUCAUCUGAUCACAGGGAAUUGUACUUUGGUGGAGCCAAAAAUUCCUUAGAAAGAGUAGAGUUAAAUAAAAUUGUGGAAUUGAAGAUAGUAAGAUCAGAAUCUGAAUAUCCAGGACUUACUGUAGUCACUGGUGUUGAACUGAUUCAUGAAAUCUCAGGACAAGGGAUCUGCUCGGUUAUUUUAAGUGACAAUGCCAACAGCAAACAGUCACGUAUGUGGAUUUCAGCUCUUCAGAAAGCCUUCAAAAUGGUGCUAGAGUCACGUGGGUCAUCUGUGCUGUAAAAGUGGAGUAGGUAACUGUAUAGCAAGUGAAAAGAAGCUUACAACCUUUGUAUUACAUUACCAGGAAAUCCUUCAUGGAAAUCACUUGCUUAAAUGCUUCUAGGAAGCAUAAGAUUUUAUGUGUGAAAUCCUGGAUAACUGUUUUAUUUAGUUUCAAGUAUUGAUUAUAUGCAUUAUUGAAAGUUUUUUUUGAGAAAUGAAGUACUUCUCAUACUGUUAUUCCUGUAAGUAUGUGUAGGAGAAGGUGUGAAAAUACAUUACCACUUUAUUAGUAUCCUUAGGUAUAAUAUCCUCUUAGUGAUUUUUAUUAUGUAAAAUUAACAUGUUCAGGAAAUAAAUCUUAUCUUUUUCUGUAUAUUUUAGUUUAAACAAAAAAGUAAAAUGGGACCAAUUACACACUAGGACUUUCAUUACAUUUAAACUUGUGUAUACAGUGAGUUUUCAGUCAUACACCAGGGCUAUUGACAGGCAUGUAUGCAAUGAACAGUUUAAAAAAUAAGUAAUCAAGCUACAGUAUUAAAAACUAUUUAUGGCAGAACUAAUACUGUUACCUUGUUAUUAGUCUUAUGCUUUUUUUCAUCAAAAAAUACGUUGCAGUUGUUUAAUGUACAGAUGCCUGUCAAAAAUUAUAAUUAUAGUAAAAAAUUUAGAAUAAUUGCAACUUUUAAAGUUGUGAUAAUUUCUAUAAUUUUACAUAAUUAAUUAGUUAAAUGUAUCUUAACUGUUUAAAGUAGUUUAGAGACUGUAUAGGGAAAAAAAGCACGUUAUAUAAGUUACUGUAUGCUGUUAAGAUUGUUUUGUGUUUAAGAAAUGAUACAUUUAUCUCUAAUUUUAGAACAUUAUGUCAGUAAAUGCUAAUCCUAAAGAUAACAGAUCUGUUGAUACAGCACAUUUAUCGUAUGUGUAUAAUUUGUUAAUCAUGUUUUACAGAAAGAAAUAUCAGAAAGAUGUUGAUAACAGGACUACAGUUGUAAUUUUAAAUAACUUUUAGAUUAAAACCAGUAAAUAAAACUUUAAUAUUCUGUUUCAUAUCCUGCCAAACUUGGAUACUUUAUACAGGCUCAAGCUUUGUUUAAAUAUAUAUUUUGAAGCUGGGAAUUAACUUCUAGCUUGGAUAUGCAUAUUUAGUAGCACAAAAUUAUCCUAUAUUUUGAAGUUAAUUAAAAAACAAGUCCCAGAACCUUACUAUCCUUUUUUUGUAUAUAAAUGUGAGUUGCUCUGCAAUCCUUGAUUUCAAACCUCUCAUUUUGCAUAUUAAAAUUCUAAUUUAAACAUAGAAAUAGCCAAGUUGUUUUUUUUCUAAUGUUAAUGUGAAUGCUGUAAAGAAGCAUUAACCUAUAAACUGAACUUUAAUCAAAAUUCUGAUUAAUGCCAUAGAUAAUUGAUACUUUUAAUCAUAUUCAGGUUUUUAUUUUUUUUAUGUGAAAUUUUUCAGUUAAACUUCAGAGAAGAACAUUUUUUCAUUUCUUAUGUUUUUCCUCUUUUAUUUUCAUGCACUGUAAUUGUAAAUUUAACACUGUAAAUAUUAGAACCAUAGGUUCAUAGAUAUUAAUUGAGUUUCAUGUAUAUUUUAUUAGCCAUUACUGGUUUGAGCAGUUUAAUUCUUUAUUUUUCAUUUAAUUUGUUGUAGAAAUGGAACAGUAUUUUAGGAUGUGUGUGUAGAAAUUACUAGCUUCAGCCGAUAUUCAACUUAUAUUUUAUUACACAGCUGUUAAAGUAACAGUGGUACAGAUGUGUGGUUAACAUUCAACCUGUAGUUCAAAGAUCAGCAGGUUCUAUCCAGAUUUUAAUACAGUGUUAUUAAUGUACAGGUAACAUGUAUAUUUCAUAUGCAAGAUGCUAUAUAAAGAUUAAGUUUUUUUCCUGAUACAAGAUAUUGAAAAAGUUUAUAACUGUUUAAAGGUUUUAUAUAACAUUUUGGUAAAGCAAUAAAACUCUUUACAAGA